AUGUAUGUGGUGGACAGCAAGGCCAUCCUGGAGGGCCUACAGAGGUACAACGCUAUGCCAAUCUAUCUGCCUGUCAGCUACCGGAUCCUUAAUGCUGAGUCAGCUUUCUUCCUACAGGAGGCAAACCAGGAUUUAAUGAGGAAUUCUAGCCUGCAGGCUCGUACAGAGUCCUUCUUCAUCCACCAGGCUCGGCAGAUGCCCUUUGUCAAUGCUAGCUACGGGCCACUGUCCGUGCAGCAGCCUAUCCCGCUAGAGAUGCUUCAGACGCAACCCGGGCCAUUUAAUAUGCCCCCUUUCAGUCUAUCAUCAGUUCCAACAUCUCCGUCGCUGUUACCACUUUUUACAUUUAACUGGAAAGUUCAUACUUACAUCAUUAAUGAAAGGGUCCACCCCAGCUGGCCGAAAGUCCAAGUGUUGUUCUACAUUGCAGGCAGGGACUGGGAUGAUUACAGUGCCAUUCAAAAGCUGCCCUGCAUCAGGAUGUUUGCAUUUCAUGAGACUCAAGAGGUGAGGGGGGCAUGCAGGCUGAAAGGGGAACUGGGAAUUUGUGUUGCUGAGCUGGAACCCCUCGCAAGCUGGUUCAGUCCACCCACUGUCAGACCAGGUAGGCAGAAGGUAUCAGACCAGACACAAGGAACUCCUGUGGAGCUUUACUACAUUGUUCAAACUACCAACACUGAGGACUGCAAUGCUGAGGACUCACGAAAAGGCAGUGCUAUUCGUAUGGAGCAACGGGGUCCCCGAGGCUAUUCUGCUGGGCACACACCUAUGCAACGUAUCGGGAGCGUUAGGCUCUUUCAGCCACUAUCGGAACUCAAACUGGACAGCAACUUUUUGGUCAUGGUACCCUCAAAACCUAUCCGACAGAGAGAAACUCUUUCAGCUUUUUUGGCUCUGUCUGCCCUUUCUACAGUGCAGAUCUUCACUCUCAGGGUGAAGCUGAAAGAUGGAGUGGCAUUCCUGGGGGCAAGAGCCAGUAACCCAGUAUUAUGGACGGUGAGUCAGGAUGUCAGAAGUGAAGGUCACAGAGUCGUGACCCUGCACUGCCGAAAAAAGGAGAACAGCUUCGGUCAAAGAGGGGAGGCAGUGGGCUACCAGCGAGUGUUGCAAGUGGAUCUGGAGGUGAACGGGUUGAUGGUUCCUGAGGGUGGCAGAGAGGUGACUUGGCAGGUGGAGUACCCACUCACCCGCACCCAGACGAGUGAGGUGCAGACACUCAUCCGCCUGGCACCACAGGAUUUAGGCGGCAUUGUACCACUAGCAAUGGACACAGAGAUCCUCAACACAGCCGUUCUCAAUGGUCGUACAGUCGCCGUGCCCGUGAAGGUCGUCACCGUGGGAACAGAUGGGGCAGUCUCGGAUGUAACCGAGUCGGUGGAAUGCAGGUCAACAGAUGAGCAAGUUAUUAAGGUGUCAGAGAGAUGCGACUACGUGUAUGUCAAUGGAAAAGAAACACGGGGAAAGAGCAAGGUCCUGCUCAACUUCACCUACAGUUUCCUAAGUGCACAGCUGGAGAUGAGCGUGUGGAUGCCCCGCCUGCCUUUGCUCAUCGACGUGGCCGACCCUGAACUCAGUCAGGUCAAGGGAUGGAGGGUUCCUGUCGCUACGGGACAGAAGAGGUAUGAUGACAAGGAGGAUGACAACAAAGGCGAGAGGAGAACAGAAAACUCUUGCGCACCCCAGUACCAGAGCACCACCCUUCAAGUUCUCACACAUUUUGUAUCCGAAAGUGAAGAGAUCCAAGAUGCUGGUGACGAAGAUGAGCAAGGCCAGCACAAAUUCUUGUUGGGUAGCGACUGGCAAGUGGAUGUGACCCAACUGGUGAAGGACUUUCUGAGGAUGGAUGACCCAAAAAUUGCUCAAUUGUGGGAAGGCCAAGUCAUAAUUGGUAGAAGCACAGGAAUGACCAAAAUACAGGUAUUGUCUCCUCUGACGUCAUUGGUCCUGGCUGAGAGGAGUAUCAAGGUGCUAGAUGAUAAAGUGAGUGUGACAGAGCUGGGAGUACAGUUAGUUUCUGGACUCUCGCUAUCCCUGAACCUCAGCCCAGGGAGCAAUAGUGCCAUUGUCGCCACUGCAACUACGCAGGAAGUCAUCGAAGCGCCUCAACAGGAGUCCUUCAUCAGUGCCUGGCUACAGUUCAGCGAUGGAUCGAUGACUCCACUCGAGAAUUACAACCCGGCCCAUUUCACACUGACUGCGACCACGCUGGACGAGCGGGUAGUGGUGGUAAAGAGCAAUGCAGCCUGGAAGUGGCCGGUCGUCAUGGCAAAGGGUGAAGGUCAAGGUUUACUCGUACGUGUUGAAAUGAGCAUGUCCGAGAUGUGCCAGAAUGGAAAGAAGCGAACCAGUUUAGCCUCUGGCAUGGCCAACGUACAGGUGAGGUUUGGAGGACCAGAGGAGCUCUAUAAGUAUUCAGGAGAGCGGCGUACACGACCCGAUACUCCUCACUAUGGUGGAUCCAUAUCUGAUAUGGAAACUGGGCUAAUUAACCGUGGAGCUACAACCAUUAGGGGCCACGUCCCAGUGAGGGCCAAUGGAGGGCGUCAUUCUGCCGGCACUGGGGAAAAAAUCCAAAGUGAAUUUUCAGACUUUCCAAACCAGGCUGAGCAUCCACGUAGUCGCAGCACUGAUGACGAUCUGCCAACCCGAAGAGCCAUGACCGACCUGGAGAUCGGUAUGUACGCCCUAUUAGGAGUCUUCUGCCUGGCCAUCCUGGUAUUCCUCAUUAAUUGCAUCUCUUACACAUACAAGUACCGAAGCAAGCACCUGUCCCUUGAGGCACCAGAGACAAUGUCCCAUUCUCAUGAUUGGGUUUGGCUUGGACAAGAAGAGGGCCUAUGCUUGCAGCAACAGCAACCGGACGAGCUUGGUGGAACCCCCGAGGAAGGAAGCCAACUGUUAAACGGAGGGGCUUUGCAUGGAAAUUCCUGUGCUGGAGGAUCUCGGGAUCACAGGAAUGAGUCUCUUAACUCCCCUACAACCAAGAGAAAGAAGGUGAAAUUCACCACAUUUUCCAAAAUUAAAGCUAGUAAUGGAUGUCCUGUUCUUAGCCCGUUAGCGUUAAUGCAAACCAGUGAGAUUAAGUGGGUAUGUCCGGACAUUGAGCUAGGGGACUCCAAGGAUCUUAGAAACUACAUGGAAAAGUUGAAUGAGAACGCUAUCAAGAACAUUGCUUAG